CGUUGUCCCGCCCCUCUCUGCCUCUGUUCAAUCUCGCGUGCCGAGCGAUACGAGCCGGCUAGCAUGCCGCUCACACAUUAGCAUCGACUUCAACCAAAUCUCGGUAGAAAUACAUGCAGUCUGCGUCCAACUACGAAGCUAAGUUUUUUAAAAAAGAGCAGCGUUAAGCGGUUAGCCAGAGCGGUGUGUGAGUGUGGCCUGUGAGGAAGCUCUUUCUGACCGACUCACCGCGGCAGAACAUGGCGGAGCACCGCGCCACCUCCGACUGCAAGCACAAAGCGAGUCCGAACUCCAGCGGCUCGUUGUCGGGGAACGGACGAGCUAACACUCCGGCGGCGUGCGGUGGCGGAGGCCUGUCCGGCGGCUUAACUCAGCCUGCAGGCUGGCAGUCUCUCCUGUCAUUCACCAUCCUCUUUCUGGCCUGGCUGGCGGGCUUCAGCUCUCGGCUUUUCGCCGUGAUCCGAUUCGAGAGCAUCAUCCAUGAGUUUGAUCCUUGGUUCAACUACAGGUCAACUCAUCACCUCAGUACUAAUGGUUUUUAUGAAUUUCUCAACUGGUUCGAUGAGAGGGCAUGGUAUCCACUCGGCAGGAUCGUGGGAGGCACGGUGUACCCGGGUCUGAUGGUGACGGCAGGUCUAAUCCACUAUCUCCUGAACCUGCUCCAUGUGACCGUGCACAUCCGUGACGUCUGCGUGUUCCUGGCUCCGAUCUUCAGUGGCCUGACUGCUAUCUCCACCUUCCUGCUGACGAGAGAGUUGUGGAAUCAGGGAGCUGGACUGCUGGCUGCUUGUUUCAUCGCUAUAGUUCCUGGUUAUAUCUCUCGCUCUGUAGCAGGUUCUUUCGACAACGAGGGCAUUGCCAUCUUUGCUCUGCAGUUUACUUACUACCUUUGGGUCAAGUCUGUGAAGACUGGUUCAGUUUUCUGGACCAUUGGCUGUUGCCUCUCCUAUUUCUAUAUGGUGUCUGCGUGGGGAGGCUAUGUUUUCAUCAUCAACCUGAUCCCUCUGCAUGUGUUUGUGCUGCUCCUCAUGCAGCGUUACAGCAGGAGGCUUUAUAUUGCAUACAGCACAUUUUUUAUAGUGGGCUUGGUGCUGUCCAUGCAAGUCCCGUUUGUGGGCUUCCAGCCUAUAAGGACGAGUGAGCACAUGGCUGCAGCGGGUGUCUUUGCCCUCCUGCAGGCGUAUGCUUUCUUGCAGUAUCUCAAGGACAGGCUGACUAGGCAGGAGUUUCAGACCCUUUUCUUUCUCGGAGUGUCACUGGCUGCAGGGGUGGUUUUCCUCACGGUCAUCUAUCUGACCUACACAGGCUACAUUGCACCUUGGAGUGGCCGCUUUUAUUCACUGUGGGACACGGGGUACGCCAAGAUCCACAUCCCGAUUAUCGCCUCGGUAUCAGAGCACCAACCCACCACCUGGGUCUCCUUCUUCUUUGACCUUCACAUCCUGGUGUGCACGUUCCCCGCAGGGCUUUGGUUCUGCAUCAAGAACAUCAACGAUGAGCGUGUGUUCGUGGCUCUUUAUGCCAUCAGCGCCGUGUACUUUGCGGGAGUUAUGGUGCGACUCAUGCUGACGUUGACGCCGGUGGUGUGCAUGCUGUCAGCCAUCGCUUUCUCCAGCGUGUUCGAGCACUACCUGGGAGACGACACAAAGAAGGAGAACCCGCCGGCGGAGGACAGCAGUGACGAAGAUGACAAGAGGAACUCAGGAAAUCUCUAUGACAAGGCAGGGAAAGUGCGGAAGCACAUAUCUGAGCAGGACCGACAGGAGGAGGGUCUGGGGCCCAACAUCAAGAGCAUCGUCACCAUGUUGAUGCUGAUGCUGCUGAUGAUGUUUGCCGUACACUGCACCUGGGUCACCAGCAAUGCCUACUCCAGUCCCAGCGUGGUGCUAGCUUCUUACAACCAUGACGGGUCAAGAAACAUUCUGGAUGAUUUCCGUGAGGCGUAUUACUGGCUGAGGCAGAACACAGACGAGCAUGCGCGAGUCAUGUCGUGGUGGGACUACGGUUAUCAGAUAGCAGGCAUGGCCAACCGAACUACACUGGUGGACAACAACACGUGGAACAACAGUCACAUAGCACUGGUGGGAAAGGCCAUGUCCUCUAACGAGAGUGCUGCAUACGAGAUUAUGAAAUCCUUGGAUGUUGAUUAUGUGCUUAUUAUUUUCGGUGGUGUGAUCGGGUACUCGGGAGACGACAUUAACAAGUUCCUGUGGAUGGUGCGCAUUGCAGAAGGGGAGCACCCUAAAGACAUCAGGGAGAGUGAUUACUUCACCCCUCAGGGAGAAUUUAGAGUAGAUAAAGCUGGCUCUCCUACUCUGCUCAACUGCCUCAUGUAUAAAAUGUCUUACUACCGCUUUGGAGAGAUGCAGCUGGACUUCCGCACACCACCUGGGUUUGAUCGGACACGAAAUGCUGAGAUCGGCAAUAAAGACAUUCGUCUGAAACACCUCGAGGAGGCGUUUACUUCUGAGCACUGGCUGGUGCGAAUCUACAGAGUGAAGAAGCAGGAGAACCGGCAGACUCUGGACCACAAGCUCCGCAACGUCGCAGCCAAACAGAAGUACACCUCAAAAAAGACGGCCAAGAGGAAGAGAGGAUACAUAAAAAAUAAACUGGUCCUGAAAAAAGGCAAGAAACUGAAUAAAAAGUCAGUUUAGUUGUUGAAUGGAAAACGGUAAAAAUGGCAAACAAGGCAACAUAGACAAUGACAAAUGCAACCAGUAAUCCACCAAUCAAGAAGAAAAACAAACCAGUUGUCUGGCAUCUGACCACCUGAAAUUAUUUGAUUGGAGGCUUUGACCCCAUGAUCGCCAUGACGACGCGGAGGCUGUGUGACCUGACUGAGGGAGUUGAAAGAGAGGGCCUGGACAAGGAUCUCUAUUUUAAUCUAAUGUUUCUGGACUUUUUUUUCCUUUUCUCUUCUUUUUUUUUUUUUUCUUUUGUACUUGAAUGUGUUCAUAAGGCAGGUUUGCUGUCUUAUCCAUCAAGAUGGCAACCUUAUGUUUGUGGUACACUUCUGUCGAAUCCACAGCAACAGUAAUAUAAAAUAAGAUGAAGUGGUAAGCUGAGUGAACCUUGGAGCAAUAGCACCAAAGAUCCAGUUUUUGUUUCGUUUUGUUUUUCAGAGCCUGUGUUAACUUUUUACUUUUUGAUAAAAAAAAAAUAAUAAUAAAAAAGCUCUGGAGUAUUGAGGGCUAUGGAGUGGUGUACAGUGUGAGGGCCAGGCCCUUCUGCAAUCUUUCACUUCUAACUGAUGAACCCCUCCUGUGUAGUUCCCAGAAUGCAGCGAGUUCCUUGUCACUUGAAUGUGUGUAUUUCAGCACAGCAGGCAUCACAGAGGACCGACUUAUUUCUAAUGUGCUUAAUUAUUGUGGUGAUUUUUUUUUUUUAAAUAGAAUUUUCUUUAUUGUUGAAUAGGAAUACGUGUUUAGUUUUGCUCCUAUCUCUUGUCCAGAGGUCUGGUUUGGUUUCAGCAGUGCCCCGGGGAAGUGAAUACUGUAGGUAGAUAGAUUAUUCUGCAGUGUUGGACCUUGUAGGAAUCUGCCACACACACCCCCCCCCGCCCCGCCCCGCCGCGAUGGUCUCUCUUUGCCCUCUGAGCGAGUGACACUUGUAUUAGUUGUAGGUUUUUUGUUUUGUUUUUGUUUUUUUAUUUUUUUUUUUAAAUACAAUGCUGCAUUAUUAGCUUGUGCACUUUUGGCUUAGUUCACCUUAAAGUGGAUCCACUACUGAGUAGCAUGCAGGUGACGAGUGUGUGUAUUCUUAGUGAUGACGUUUCUGUUCCGGGUGACACAUUUACAUUUCUUUGUUUGAUUUCUGUCUCUUGCUCCUGGCAGCCUGCCAUCUUAAGUCAUGGUAUUUCUGAAUCUUGGUUUGUUCUCUUGCUCCGUUUGUUUUUUGUUUUUUCUCCUGGCUUUCCUUUCCCUUCAUGCGCUGCCUCUACUAUAUCUUUUGUGUGAAUUAACAGGAGGGCAGUUUUUCGUUCUCUCUGAGGACAAUGCUGACUCAGUUUAACAGCCAUCUGCUUAACGACAUAUCUCAUAAUUAAUAGACUCGAGCUAUUUAUUUAUAAGAGCAAAAUGAAAGUAAAAUGAGGACGGCAUCUCGUCACAAAAUGCAAAGCUGUGUGUUCGUUUCAGUUGGGAUUUCUUCCACAAGUUGUAAAAGAGUUUGAAAAGGAUGCCAUUGUCAGAAUCAGCGAUGCCUUUGGAAUUAAAGGAGUAUAUGAAAUGUUCUGCCUGAUCACCAAUGGCCAUGGUUGUACUUAUUUUUUUACGUCACAUCUCCUCCUCUCCUCUGCUCUAGUCUGUUCUUGCUAUUUCCUGGUACACAGCAAUUUCAUUAAAUGAAAGUCGAUUUGUGUUUUAGUUUUAAUAUUGUUGUUAAAGGUCCCAUGCUGACACAGGAGUAGUACAUGUAAACCCUGCAGUCAUCCAGCCACUACACAACAGAAACAAAUAAAUGCUAGCUUGUCAACUCUUAA